AUGGCAAUUCGUGGUGACGGCUCCCUCUUAGCUGAGCUUACGGUUGGAGUGGUCAAUUCGAAUUUCUGUGGAUUAGAAACAAGGAAGGUGCAGGGUGCUGCCGAUCUUAUCGCAGUCGCCAACUUUGUCUUUUGUGUCACAAUUCGACGAAACCAUUUGUGCGACGAUUUCUAUCGACGUCACGAGUCGUUCCUUGGAACGUGGUGCUUUGCUCAGUACUACAUUUUGGAAAUAAUGCGCAUAUUUGGCAUUCUUCUCAUCACUGUUCAACGAUACGUAGGAAUAUGUCGGAAUGGAUCGGCCAUUGAUGAACAAUUCGCAAUCUUCGGCCUGAGAUCGCAGCUAUCAUUGUACCAAGCUGCUAACCCCUUCUACGUCGCGAGGAAAAUCAUCGCCGCUUUCGUCUCUUGCAACGAAAUAAUAGCGGGUUCUCACAGCUUCUCUGUAAAGUACUGCCCCCGAUUAACUGACCGCAAUCAGAAAAGACAGAGUAGAAUCAAUAUCACUGACGCACUUCAAAUACCAGAGCAUUAUGAUAAUUUUCCAGUGGCUGAACUCCAGCAAGCGAUGGAUUCUUGUGUGUAUGCAAUGGGUGUUGCCGUUCGUCUUCUUGAUGCCAGUUAUCGGGCGUGA